AUGUACGGUGAGCCAUUUCAGUUUACAAUAAAGGGCCAAAAUGAAGCUAGACAACUAGACAGCCAAGUAUAUAUAGAUUAGUAAUAUAAAUUAUUUAGAUAUAUCAUCAAUUAAGGACAGAAAGAUGAUCCUACUAUCAUCGAUUUAUACUAAUUAGGAUUCGAUGUCGCCUUUGGAUUAUAUGAGGAAAUUGACCCUAAGUAUGGAAGUAUUUAUGCAAACCAUAAAAGUUAUUAGAGAAUUAAAAACGAAUCCUCUCAAUAAAUCGAGGAAAAGGAGUAUUUGAAAAUUGGAGGAGCCUGGACAACUAACUGA